AUGUUCUCUUCCCAGAACCCGAGCGUCUUCCUUGCGUUUGCUCUUCUCCUUCUCAGAUCUCAGCCGUCAGAGGCGAGGUUAUUACAAGAUGCCUCCCAAUUGCGGGCACAAUACGACUAUAUCAUCGUCGGAGCUGGGACGGCAGGUAGUGUUCUUUCCAACCGGCUUUCAGCAGACCCAAAGACAUCCGUCCUAGUUAUCGAGGCUGGAGGAAGUCCUGAUGCCAUCCAGGCGAUUGCCGUCCCGUUUCUAGGUGUCACUUUACCAGGGACCGCGGUCGAUUGGAAUUUCACCUCGACGCCUCAAGAGGGGUUGAACAACCGCAUCUUGCGGUACACGCGUGGCUACGUCCUGGGCGGUAGCAGCUCCGUCAACUUGAUGGCGUGGAAUCGUGGUUCAGACGACAUGUGGGAUCACUGGGCGAGAAUUACUCAAGACGCCGGUUGGUCCUGGAAGGCAGUCGAGGAAUAUUACUUCAAAACUUCCAGAAUAGUACCUCCUGCAGACGGCCACGAUACAACUGGACAAUUCGUUCCUUCGGCGCACGGCAACGGCCCCGUAGAAGUCAGUUUACCUGGAUUCCCCACUCAGCUGGACAACAGGGUGAUCAAGACCAGCAAGCAACUCGGAGGGAGGUUCCACCACAAUAUAGAUCUGAAUGCCGGAAAGGCUCUAGGAUUCAGCUGGGUCCAAUCGUCCAUUGGCCAGAGCAAGCGUAGCAGUGGAGCCACAGCCUACCUCGAGCCCGUGUUGAAUAGAACGAACCUUGACGUUUUGACGAACACGAUUGCCACGCGCAUUUUGCCGUCCAAGAAAAGUCCAUUGACUUUGAACAUCGUGGAGAUCGCAACUUCGGGACAGCCCUCUAGCGCUCGUCAUAAUAUCACGGCCACCCGGGAGCUCAUCGUGUCUGCAGGCGUCAUCAAUACACCUCAGCUCCUCUUGCUUUCCGGAAUUGGACCCUCCUCCGCCCUUCGCACCGCUGGCAUCACGCCUAUCCUUGACCUUCCUGGCGUUGGGCAGAAUCUCACAGACCACCCUUUCAUCCCUAACUAUUUCACCGUCAGCUCAAAUGCGACGUUUGACGACGUUUUGAGGAAUGAAACCAUCUUCACCGCCAACACACAGGCUUUUAUGCGUUUGCCCAAGAGCUCCCCACUGCUGAAGCGGUUUGGCGACCCCUCAUCAGGACCUGGAUCAGGCCACACAGAGUUCGGCUUCAUGGAUGGAUUCGCCGCUUUUGGACCGCUUCCCCCGCCUGUGACUGGGCACUUCCUUACGCUGGCGACAGCAGUUGUCUCUCCCCUCUCCCGUGGCAACAUUUCGCUCAAUUCAACGAGCCCGUUUGACAAGCCCCUCAUCGACCCGGCUGUUUUAACACAUGAAUUCGACGUUGGGGCAACCGUGCAAUCAAUGAAGGACGCCCAAAAUUUCGUCUCUGCCCCAGCUUGGGAUGGGUUCGUUGUGGCACCAUUCGGCGACCUCGCGCAGGCGACGACUGACGAGCUGAAGGUCGCAUACGCGAGGAAAUAUGCUACCACAGUCAACCACCCCGUUGGUACCGCUGCAAUGUCGCCGAAGAAGGCGAACUGGGGCGUCGUCGAUCCGGAUUUAAAAGUUAAAGGGGUGGAGAAGUUAAGGAUUGUCGACGCGUCUAUCUUCCCUGUCAUCCCGGAGGUACAUCCGCAAGCUGUGGUCUACACAGUAGCAGAACGCGCAGCGGAUCUCAUUCUCAGGUCGCUAUGA